CUCACUCAAUCCUCAGAAUCCCGAAUUUACCCUUCCCGCCCACUCUGCUACAGCCAUCGUGCGUUGGUAACGGUGCCGCCCACUCCGCUACUAUCGAGGCGCUCUCUCUCUCUCGUCUCUCUCCCUCCCGCACUCUGUCUCUGGCUUACUCUCCGGCGAAAAACCAAAAUCCGCUUCUAGGGUUAGGUCGAAACCAGUUCGCAGAUGGAGAAAAAAUCGGCGAACGAAUACGAAGUGGUUCACCAUCCUCCGCCGCCGCUGCAACGUCAGGAACAUGCACCAAUGAACGACGAGCGAGAAGACUCGCCGUCGCCUUCCAAGACCGACGAAGAUCCUCCCUCGCCUUCCAAGACCGACGAAGACCCCCUUUUGCCAUCUGAGACCGACCGUGGCACCGAUUCUCUCACAUCCUCCCCUGCCUCCAAGUCGUCGUCCACCCAUGCGUCAUCAUCAGGGAAUGGCAGCACCGAUGAAGCCACCCAAACGUUGUUGAGUUUCCAGAUGGGUGUAAGGAGAAAAAGAAAAAUUACAAGUUCACUAAACGCACCACAGAAAUCCAUAAAGAAGUAAGAUAAUGUUAUAUGUUAUAUUUUGUAAUUUACAUAGAUGUUAAGGGAUUGAAGUUGAAUUGUGAACUAUAUGCCUGGACAUUGGUUGAAGGACAUGUUAGCUGAUACCUUAAUGUUAAAUGUGAACUAUAUACCUCUUAUUAAUGUUAAGUUUGGCUGUUAAGUGUUAAGGUUUAUAGCGUAACUGUUACAGUUCAUUGUUGCAUGUUAACUAUUGGAUGUUGGAUGUCAAGUGUUGUUGAUGUUAAAUGUUUAAUUAUAAUACAGGAAAAAGUCAGGUGCUGCUAAAAUUAGACCCACUGCAAGUUUCUCCGCAUAUUGUAAAUUUAUGAAAGUCCUCGAACCGAGAAUGCGGCAGUGUCAUUGGGAUGCAUACCAAGGGUGUACAUUCCAGCAUUAUGUAAAGUUUGGCCCCCCAGCAAAAGAUCGACCCACGCUGGAACUUGUAUUGAGACACUAUAAGGGUAAUGAAGUGGCGUUUUCUCUGCCCGAUGCCGAAAGUGGGAGAGAAAAGGUUGUUAAUUUUGAUUUGGACUGGGUGCAUGAACAUACAGGUUUCCCAAUUGAUGGGGAAAUAAUUUACAAUAAUAGAGAUCCUUACCCUAGGCUUUGGGUGGAGUAUUUUCAUAAACGUUUUACUAGAAAGGGAAAGAAAUCAGCGAAGAAUAUGCGGCGAUAUGUGGAAGAGCUACUGCAAUCUCUUGUUGAAUCAAGGAAGAAGAAGGAUAUUGAAGAUUUUGUGUUACUGCAGAUACUUUAUCAAUGUUCAUUGAUGUGGUGCCCUAGCAGUGUCCAAGGCAUCCCAAGGCUCUUGUUCAAAUAUGUUGAUUCAAUUGAAAGAGUGAGGAAUGUGGCCUGGGGGAAAUACAUCUAUGAUCAGACGAAGAAAGGAAUUAAGAUAGCCAGGGAAGGUCUGCACAGGUCAGGAAUAAGCUAUGUACCUGGAUGCAUGCCUUUGAUCCCUGUAAGUUGGAUUAAUCUGUGCAUGUGAACGCUUGCUUGUUUUCUGUCAACUUACGUCAAGAAACCAUUAAGGCUUACUGGUUCAUGUUAACUAUUCUAAGGAUCUUGUUAACUAUAUUUCGGUUCAUGUUAACUUUAGUGUUUCCAGUAUUAAAGUUGGUGUUGUCAGUGUUA